AUGUCGGCGUCGCCGUACGCCGCGAGAAGCAGUUACUAUGAUUACCGAGGCGUGACCAGCGCUGGGGGAAAGGGAAUGACGACGCUACUAGCGAAGGACGUGCCUGUACAGAGUACCGCCGCCACCGACGCCAACGAGGCGUCGCUGGAUUCGUCCGAGUGGUCGCUCGCGGACAAGCUCGUCGCAGGGCGACCAGCAGCAGCCGUCGCAGGCGUCGCAGCGGGGUCGCAGGGGCGGGGGAGCAGCGCUGCGAGCAACGUCGCAGGUGACAGGGACGGACGAGGAGGACGGGGAGAAGCCGGCGAGGGGGCGCAGCAGCUCCGAGAGGGUUCCGCCGAGGGGAAGGAGCCGCGGCUUGAACACGUCUGCUGGACCUCUUCAGCCCCAUGGAAUGGCAAAUAUCUGGUUCCGCGGAAUCACCUUCCCCCAGGGGUGGUGGUGGGCGGAAGGGGGUGUGCGCGGAUGAAUGUGCGUAGCUUCACGUUCCUCAACUCCUUCCGCCCUCCCUUUCCCCCUUCUUCUCACCCCAUCAGCCCCAUGGAAGGGCCACCAUCUGGUUCCGCGCAACCAGCUUCCCCCGGGGGUGGUGGUGGGCGGAAAGGGGUGUGCGCGCUGUGUGCGUGGGAGGGAGUGCGGCAUGCGCGUUUGGGUCAACGCCCCGGCCAGCUGGGUGCAGAUCUACCCCAAUGCCAGCUGGUGGAAGAAGGACAUGACGCUAAUCCUCAAGGGCCCUGCUCUCUCCCAUGGGGACGUGCGUUGCCUCGACCCCCCUGCCUGCUCGCAGCUCGACCUCUCCUACCGCCUCUGGGACGUGGGGCAGUACAGGGCAUUUCUGUCCGUUGGCUGCGCCAACCUGCGCUUCUCCCCCAACUACAAGCAGCAUCUGAGCCAGACGCACCUCCAUAUGAGGAGGAGGAAGAUGAGGACGAAGAGAAGCUGCCAAUAACGCCGUGCCAGGUGUCUGGCAUCAAGGGGCGCUGGGUGCUGUCCAAUACUGGCGGAUACGAGUGGCGCUUCUACCCAUGUGCACCCAGUGAGCCAAAGCGACCAUCAGGGUGGGUGGCACAGCUGGUGCGGAAGGGCAUUCAGGAGAUCAACAUCGUGGGGGACUCGCACCAGCGCGUGAUGUCUUUUCACCUGAGAUAUCUCCUGUCAGGCGUCGCAGACGAGCGCAUGGUGCGAUCUCACGAGGACAUGAACUUCACAGUCACGGACGAGCGCAAGGGCAAGGAGCUGCGAAUCAACUUCUACUGGGUGGAUGGCAUCUACAGAAACCGCGAAUACGGCUGCUCGUUGAGAGGGCAGUACACACACAACUACCACACCUUCCCCAACAUCUCGACCACAGCCAACGUCACGGUCAUAGAGGGCGGCUACUGGGCCGGCAAGUGGUGUGCCGAGCCGCUGCAAGCCCUCCGUGCCCGCCUCCCCGAGUUCUUCAUCUGGGCCCUCCUCGCCGCUCGGGACAACCGCGCGCGCGUCGUCUUUCGAACGCCGCCGCCCGUGCCAAACGCCGGCUCGCAUUGCUCGGACUAUGCGGUCAAGCGGGGCUUCGCCGGGCCUGCGACGAACCUGUACCUGGCUGCGGCCAAUCGGCACGCUCGCCAGCUGGCGGCGUCGGUGACGCGGGGUGCUGAGAUGGCGGUGUUUGAUUCGUGGGCCGUGGAGGCGCCGCGGUAUGGCGACACGUGUCCCGGGGAUCAUCAUUACUCGUGCUUUGUGGGCGGGCAGAAACGAGCAAAGCCUGUUGUGAGGGGGGCGGUGGGAGAUGCUGUGGCGCGGACUUUCCUGCAUUUUUUGCUGCACUCGCUGCCUAUGGAGAGUAGCAGGACAGCAGAAGAGCAAAAAAAUACCUAA